GUACACGAAGAUGUCUUUUCUUUGAAAGUGCCGCUGCUUACAUUACCCGAAGAGGGAAAGAAAGAGAAACUUCGCAUUUCUCAGCUACACAAGUCCUCCUAUUUGCAAGCCCCUUUUGUAGUUCCCCACUGCAGUUUCUGCCCCUGUUUAAAGAAUUCACCCUCCCAGCCCCCAUUUCCUCUCCCUCCCCCACAAGCAGAGAUUGUUGUUCUAAACACACUGGGAACGCCACACCUGGCCUCCCCAACCUGAAUGCAAGACUGCGCCAUUUCUUGGUAAGCUGACGACACCAUGGGCGGUGCUACAGUUCUCCGCAGCUCCAUGGUUACCGCCCCGACUGAGAGCCCUGCAAGGAGCCAAGGCUGAAGCCCCUGGUGCAGGAGCCUGCAGAUAAAGAUGAAGAGGCAGGUGCAGGAGAGGUUCUUCUACCAUCUGUCUACCUACAGGCUGAUUUGCAGCUUGGCAACCCUGGUGCUGUGCCAGGCUCAAGAGCACGUGAUGACCAAGAAUGAAAGAGAGCUACUGAAUACACCUGCCUCCCUAAGGUGCUCUCUGCGGACUUACCAGGAAGUCCUGAUUGUAACAUGGCAGAAAGUUAAGGCUUCGGGUCCCGAAAAUAUGAUUACUUUCAGUAAGAACAGUGGAGUUGUGCUUCAGCCUGCCUACACAAACAAAGUAAACAUCACACAUCUGGGACUCAGUGACUCAACCCUAACCUUCUGGAAUGCCACCCUGGAGGACGAGGGCUGUUACAUGUGCCUCUUCAAUACCUUUGGUUCUGGGACGAUCUCAGGAAAAACCUGCCUCACCCUCUAUGUACAGCCUAUAGUAUCCUUUUACUAUAAGUUCUUUGAAGACCACUUAAAUAUCACCUGCUCUGCCACUGCCCGCCCGGCCCCAAGGAUCUCCUGGAAGGUGGCCGAGUCGGGGAUUGAGAACAGCACGGAGAGCCUCUCACACCCCAAUGGGACCACGUCCGUCACCAGCAUCCUGCAGGUCAAAGACCCCAGCAGUCAAGUGGGGAAGGAGGUGAUCUGCCAGGUGCUGCACCUGGGGAAUGUGACGGAGUUCCGACAAACCGUGAGCAAAGACUUUUGGCUUUCGAUCCCUCUGUUGCUGAGUGUCGUGUCGCUGGUCAUUCUCCUGAUCUUGGUCUCCAUCUUGUUCUAUUGGAAACGCCGUCGGAGUCAGGAACGAGAGCUCUAGAGGAAUCGCACAACGUUGUUCCCUGCUCCACUUGAACUUGAAACAGGAGGAGUUAUGGUCAUUCUCCAUGAGACCAAAAGAGAAACAGAGGCGGGAGCUAAAGGCUUCCGAACUUCGAGGGUUUCUCCUGCCACCACAUCUACUCAGUACUGUUCUGAGUUCCCAAAGGAAGCUGUUUUACCGCUCAGGUCUGUUGUAGGACUUGGUUUUGUGAAACAGUGCAAUAGUGUGCUGUUUAAAGGACACUGGACUUAGUCAGAAACCCUGGGUUCCCAUGUUGACGUUGGCUCUUGCUGUUGGCAGCCCUGAGCUACUUACUUUACCUCAAAGAGUACACUCCAGAGCUGGAUAAAUCACGGGACCAUUCACUUCUGCAAAUCUAUGCGGAAAAGAAGCAAAAGAGAAGUCAGAAAGAGCGAAGAAAGGUCAUGGAAAUAUUUAAAACCAAAGAACUUUCCUGAAAUGAUGUUUUACCUUUCGUUCACAUUUGUUCUUCCUUUGUUGUUCUUGGUUCUAGAAUCUGCUUUCCCAUUGCUUAUUUUCUGCUUUCUCAAGAUGCUUAUUGCAUCUUGCUUUGCCAGUAACCAGUCUUGCUGGAAGCCCUGCCUUCACUAUUAACCUGCGUGUUUUGCUGUGAGCUUUGCUACAGCCAGAAUGAGACAGAAUGUAUUGUGAAAUAACAUCGGCAACCUUUGCUUCACUCACCUUUUUUUAUAGCAGUACAAGUAAACUCAUAUUAAAAAAAUUUAUUCUCUGCCCACUUACCUCAUAAUAUACUAAGUCCAAUUAAGGAAAUGUAUUAUGAAAAGAGACAUUUGGAGGAUUACAUGUACAGUACUCAAGAAACUCAUAAACUCUGCUCUGGCUUCUUCCAUGAUUCAACUUCAUAUAUUAGCAGAGGAUGAAAUACGAGCAUGUAUAUCUCUUAGUUCUAAAAGUUGGAUUCUAACAUUCCAAGAACCAAGACUGCUUUACCUGGAUCUUUCGCUUUCUUUAUCUCUGUCUAGUGAACUCAGACCUAAAACUUGUUUUUAACCGUCAAAUUUGAUAUUUAUAUAUUUGGUAAGCAUUUUUGUUACUUUAUAAUUUCUUAUAUUUGUAUGAAAAUAUGAAACCAUUAAAGGUAUUAACUCUAAA